AAAUGGUUGAUUGAUCAUAAAAUACAGAUCUAGGCAAAUGCGUCGGUUCAUAUUUAAAUGAAUUUGCCUGUCGUUGAAAAUAAAUUUUAUUUUUUUCAAAAACGAAUUUCUUAUUCGAAUCCAACGAGUUCAUAUCAUAAACACAUACGUCCCUUAAAGAAUGAAUAACAAAGAUAUGGUGGAAUAUUCGGAUCAGAGUAGUGACACCGAUUCGGAUUCGCAGGAAAUUUGCAUCGAUAAGACGUUGGAAUUGAAAACGUUUCGGUUGUGCAGUGAUGGUGAAAAUCGACGCUACUUCAAAGCGUCGUCAAAGACAGUGAAAAACAAAACAUUUACAAUUGAAAAUAUUUUGGGAUUAGAGGAUAACAGUGACGAUCUGAAAAGUGAUGUGAAUAAUAAAUCGUGCUACGGUAAACCAUUUCCCAUUAUUUCGCCGACGGAUUUAAGGCAAAUCACAACAGCACCAACUGUUUUAGACUACCUCAACUCACGCACGGCAAGUCUAAUUGAUAAAUUACCACUAACAAAUUCCACACAAUCGCCAACUGUUGGUUCAUACGAUUAUCACUCUACAUCAUUACCGAUCAACAGUCCUCACACAAGUUUUAUGUACUCAAAUUGGAUUGGAUUGGCCAAAGCACCCAGCCAAACGAACUAUUUACUCGGAUUACAAGCUCCGAAACCAUCUGGUAAACGAUCCCGCAAGCCUGGCGUCGAUCGUAAACCACGCCAAGCAUACAGUGCAAAGCAAUUGGAAAAAUUAGAAAGUGAAUUCAAACAGGACAAAUAUCUGAGCGUCAGCAAACGAAUGGAUCUGUCGAAAAGUUUGAAUCUGACCGAAGUACAAAUAAAAACAUGGUUUCAAAAUCGCCGAACAAAGUGGAAAAAGCAGCUAACAUCUCGGCUGAAAAUAGCCCAACGGCAAGGCAUCUAUACCAGUCAUUAUCUAACGAAUAGCUUCGGUGCUCAUUAUCCAAUUUUCUCUCCAUACUACCCGAAUCCGCUGUGUAUGAUGAAUGCAACGUCUAUGCCGGAUGGUAAAAGUAAGACAAUUUCGACGGCGACACCAUGAUAAAGAAUUGUGUAUGUGUGUGUGCAUUUUUGAAACAAUUUAUUUUUCACAAAAACAAAAUUUGUUGAACAAAUUCAUUCUGCACAAAAAUUUACUAUGCAAAAUAUCGACAUCGAAAACGCUAACCGCAGCUGUUAUGUUUUGAAAGACAAUGGAAGGAAGUAGCUAAUUUUGACAAAUGUUUUAGCAGUCACUUCAGUCCUGUGAUCAGUGUCCUUAACAAUGUAUGUAAAUACGUAGGUAGAACUGAGCUUUUCGCGACAAAUAUUUCACUAAUUUUUGAACUUAGCAGCAAAGUCCGAUGAUUGUGCUAUUAGACAGAAAUUUGAGUACCGCGGAACACAUAACAUUUUUGGAUUUUUAUGAACCCUCAACGGUCGUAUAGGUAUUGUUAUUAGCGGCAGUUGCUUUAUAUCAAUCACUAGAUUGACAAGUGUCGCUAAUAACAACAUGAUUCUGAUCACGGAAGUGUUGCAUACAAGAAAAAGCGCAAAAUUGUUAUGUACGUACCGCUCUCACUUGUUCGAUUAAACAAAAAGCUUUGUUGGUGAAAUUGACAGUAGCUCACCAUUAUCGCAAGAAGGACAUUUGAUUUAGCAAAUAUCUACCCAUCUGAAUGUCCGAAACAGACGAACAGCAAAUUUCGUAUUUUUCAUGCGAAAUUUGCUGAACGUAUGCAUACGAUUGACACAUUAUUGCUAACUCUACAGCAGGUACAUAAGAAAUGAAUGAAAUGAUAAAAGCUUUUAUGGGGGCAAAACUAAUUGACCCGAAUUUAUUGGCCUAAGAGCUUUCACGAACUUUUAUUUGGCAAAAUUCAUAGGCGAACUAUAAAGUUAGAGAAACAAUGACAGUAUCACUCAUCGUUGUUUCGUAACGUAGCUCGUUGGAAAGUAGAUUGGACGUCUGAUCAUAGAGUGUGAAAGUGGCAGGUCAUUUGGAUGUUAAUAAUUGUUUGGAAAAGCUUCAAGCUUUUCGUAUUUAUUGUGUCAUGUCAUGAUUGGGUUACAAUGUCAUUUGAUGUCGAUAUUUUGACGGUGAUCUUUACUAUAGAAAAUUU